AUGAGCAUCAAAAUAAAAGAAAAACUUACCAUUGAUACUGAUUCAGGUAGUUCCGAUAUAAAUACUUCAUCAUUUCAUACAUUUUCUUUUGAGGCGGAUAUUCCCUUCUGUCCAAACCUGAAAGAUAAACAAUUGAGAAUCCGUCUCCCGAACAGCACGAACUCUUGUCUCGAGUUGCUCGUCGUUGAUCAUGAUACCAACAAGCAGGGAUUUGCUUCGAGUACUGAAUCUAUCUAUCUAUCUAUCUAUCUAUCUAUCUAUCUAUCUCAAAUCUAUCUAUCUAUCUAUCUAUCUAUCUCAGUCUGUUCAUAUCUAUCUAUCUAUCUCAGUCUGUUCAUAUCUAUCUAUCUAUCUAUCUAUCUAUCUAUCUAUCUAUCUAUCUAUCUAUCUAAGUCUGUUCAUAUCUAUCUAUCUAUCUAUCUAUCUAUCUAUCUAUCUAUCUAUCUCAUUCUGUUCGUAUCUAUCUAUCUAUCUAUCUAUCUAUCUCAGUCUGUUCAUAUCUAUCUAUCUAUCUAUCCAUCUAUCUAUCUAAGUCUGUUCAUAUCUAUCUAUCUAUCUGUCUGUCUAUCUAUCUAUCGAUCUAUUUCAGAUUAUUAUUAUUAUUAUUCUCUUCUUCUUCUUCUUCUCUUCUUCUUCUUCUUCUUCUUCCUCCUCCUCCUCCUUCUUCUUCUUCUGUUUCCUCCUUCUUCUUCUUCUUCUUCUUCUUCUUCUUCUUCUUCUCUGCCCUUUCUCUUUUGUCUAUCUGUAUGUCUGUCUAUCUGUAUGUCUGUCUAUCUGCUUAUCUAUCAAAUUGUCUGUCUGGCUUGCUGGAUGGCUGUAUUUUUAUUUUAUCUAUCUAUCUAUCUAUCUAUCUACCUUACCUAUCUAUCUGUCUGUCUGUUUAUCUAUCUAUCUAUCUAUCUAUCUAUCUAUCUAUCUAUAUAUAUAUAUAUAUAUAUAUAUAUACAGUCUGUCUGUCUAUCUACCUACUUACUCUCUCUCCCCGCACCUGCCUCUCUCUCUCUCUCUCUCUCUCUCUCUCUCUCUCUCUCUCUCUCUCUAUGCCCCCACCAUUCUCUCUACAUUUUAUUUUGGACUUCUUGUCUACUUCGUCUGUUUUUCCCAAAUGACGCAAUUAUCAGGUAUUCUGAACCCGGACGUGACCAGCCUACAUCCGAUUUGAACGAGUUUUCAGACGUGCGUGUUUUUCAGGAGUGUAGCAGCGCCAUUGUGUUGAUAACACUAGUCGUAGCUGUGCAGAAUUUCAAGCUACAAAAUGCUGCUCCUUUCGAAAGGUUAAGCACCUACUGUAGCUCUGAGUGCGAAUUUGAAUAUUUAACGCCAAUUUUUCCAGUAAAUUCUAUGUGGGCCAAUUUUUAUUUUCCUUUACCCACAUCUCAAGAAAAAUGGGAGUCAACAUGCAGUGUGAUUACGCAAUUCCUGAACUGUUCUGUAGAGGCCACUGUCGGUUGCAGAGAAGAACGACCUCCAAUGGUGAGAUUGGCUCAAGUAAAAAAUGCCUAUGGAUAUUUGUGUGGUGAGGGUGCACAACAGUUCUUGGCUGUUUUGCCUUGCUUAGGUAAACACUACGACCAAAUGGUCAUUAACAAAUGCGUAAUGGAAAGGAAAAGUAGGGCUCGCAGAGGCCCUGAUGCAGAUUUAUGCAAUGAAUUAAAAAACACUUAUGAUUGUACAGUAGAGAAUGUUGAGAAGAACUGCGGUGAAGAAGCGAGAAAAUUUAUGUCGGUCUUCAUUAAAAAAACCCACAAAGAACUGAAGAGAAUGGUCAACUGUGACAGAUUUUUGCCAAACAAACGCGAAGAAUAG